AUGAUUCCAGCAAUUGAAUAUCAAUUGCAAGCAGUAGUUUUAACGGAAUUAGAAUGCGAGAAAAAUUAUGGCGAAGAGAAAAACAUUGUUUAUUAUAGUAUUGGUCGUAAAGAUUUAAAAAAAUUAUUCAAGAUGAAUUUAGUUAUAUUACAAGGUUUAUAUUGGACGGCAAAAUGUAUUGGAGAAAAGAAUGUUAAUUUAAGAAAACUAUGUCACAGUUAUGUAAACGAUAGUUUAAAGAUGUUAAGAGACAAUGGAAUUUCAAUUUGCGAUCACGAGUUAAUUACGGAUAAUUAUAAUAAAUGUCAUAGAUAUUUAGAUCAGAUCAUAAAACACGAUAAAGAAUAUCUAAUGAAGUGGCAACAUUUUUGUGUGGAACGAGGUUUUAUUAAUUAUGGAGGUGGUGAACCUCUGCGUGAUUUUGAUUCUCCUUGGUUAAAAAAGUGCGCAGGAUGUUAUAAAAAUAUUUCUAGAAAUAGAGAGGACGAUGUUUGUUUAAUACAUUGUAAUAUUGGAGAUGAAUUAAGAAGUGUGAAACCAUUUGAAAAUCUGUCUGAUAUCAUCGACAAAAAUAAUAUUUUAAUUACUAAGAAACAUAAAGAAUUAAAUGAAGAUACAAAAACGGAAGAUGUAAGGGAAGCUGAAUUUUUGCUUUGGUUAAAUUAUAUAUGUGUAAAUAAAGAAAAUUUCGUUUGGGAAAAUUUCGAUGAGUUAGUUAAUAAAUGGAACGAUAUCGACAAAGUAACGAUUACGGCACGUCAAUAUUUAAAUAUAAUAACAAUAUAG